UGAUUGCUGUAAGAGCAGGUCACGUGGCAAGGUUUCCUGUAUGCUGCUGCUGCUGGGUGUCCAUGGCCCGCACCCCCAAGCUGCCACUGCAGCAGUAAAGAGUAGCCAGUCCAAGGCUCAGUCUAUGCCAGGCCACCUGGCAGGUGCUGGGGAGGCUUUAGCAAGAGACUUUUGCAUCUUAGCACCUUGGAGAAGAGAGCAAGAGGCCCAUCUCUGUAGAGGACCAUGUUGCGUCGCAAACCGUCCAACGCCAGCGACAAGGAGCCCAGUCAGAAGAAAAAGCUCUCACUUCAGCGCUCCAGCAGUUUCAAGGAUUUUGCCAAAUCGAAGCCCAGCUCCCCUGUGGUGAGCGAGAAAGAAUUUAACCUGGAUGAUAAUAUUCCAGAAGAUGACUCAGGUGUUCUUACCCCAGAGGAUUCUGGGAAGAGUGGAAAAAAAUUGGGAAAGAAGUGGAGGGCAGUCAUUUCCCGAACCAUGAACAGGAAGAUGGGCAAGAUGAUGGUGAAGGCCUUGUCAGAGGAGAUGGGAGACACACCGGAAGAGGGCUCAGCUUCCCCAACAUCUCCAGACUGCAGCCUGGACAGCCCCGGGCCUGAGAAGAUGGCCCUGGCCUUUUGUGAGCAGGAGGAGCGCGAGCUGCCAGCUCUCAGCCGCCAGACAUCAACAGGCAGUGAACUCUGUAGCCCUGGCCCAGGCUCCGGAAGCUUCAUAGAGGAUUCACCCGCUCCCCAGUACACAGGGCCUUUCUGUGGGCGUGCCCGAGUCCACACUGACUUCACUCCCAGCCCUUAUGACCACGACUCGCUGAAGCUGCAGAAAGGAGAUGUGAUCCAGAUCAUAGAAAAGCCACCCGUGGGCACAUGGCUGGGCCUGCUCAAUGGCAAGCUGGGUUCUUUCAAAUUCAUCUACGUGGAUGUGCUACCAGAGGAGGCUGUGGGGCCUGUACGCCCCAGUCGCCGACAGAGCAAAGGCAAGAGACCCAAGCCCAAGACUCUGCAUGAACUGCUGGAGCGCAUUGGCCUGGAGGAACACACAUCCACCCUGCUGCUCAAUGGCUACCAGACCCUGGAAGACUUCAAAGAGCUGCGGGAAACACACCUCAAUGAGCUGAACAUCACGGACCCACAACACCGGGCCAAGCUGCUCACGGCUGCAGAGCUGCUGUUGGACUAUGACACAGCUGGCAGUGAAGAGGCCGAAGAGGGUGCUGAGAGCAGCCAGGAGCCCGUGGUGCACACAGUGUCAGAACCCAAGGUGGACAUCCCACGUGACUCCGGCUGCUUUGAGGGCUCAGAGAGUGGACGUGAUGAAGUGGAGCUGGCAGGCACCGAGGAGCAGCUGCAGGGUCUCUCCCUGGCCGGGGCACCUUGACAUGAAAAUGGCCUUCAAGGCCGAGGCUGAGCCCUAGCUGCAGAGACUGCAGGGAUGGGUGUGGCCUCCCAUAAUGGCAUAGGACCAGAAGACUGGUACAGAAUCUGGCCCUGCUUCCCUAAGAAGGCUUAUGGCUGGGGGCCCUGCCAGGAUGCUACAGGCUCAGAUAGAGUGGAUAAGGGACUACCCAAAGGCAUAUGCUGCUUUUUGGACCCUCUCCCUCCACCAGUGACUGACACAUCCCAUUCUCCCACUGUGGCCAUGCAAGUGGGACACCAAGGGACCUAGUCAUGUGAUCACAG